UUUUCAGUGCUCACUCUGCAUUUGUUUGUAUCCUCCUCCUCGCCGAGAUUAGAGGGAUACCUGUGUAGUGCUGCUUUAUAAUGAUUUCUGCUGAGCCUCAGAAUAGGUUGUGGUAUUUUUUUUAGGUGGACUGCCAGCUGCCGAUCUCGCUGUUGACAGUAAAAGCAGAUAUGUUCCUUGCUCACUGCCAUUAGCACUGACCAUGACUCUUCACACCAAAACCUCUGGAGUUACACUGCUGCACCAGAUUCAAGGCACCGAACUGGAGACACUGAGCAGACCUCAGCUGAAGAUUCCCCUGGAAAGAUCGCUCAGCGACAUGUACGUGGAGAGCAACAAGACAGGAGUUUUUAACUACCCCGAAGGGGCCACUUAUGAUUUUGGUACUACAGCUCCAGUGUACAGCUCUACUACUCUCAGUUAUGCCCCUACUUCUGAAUCUUUUGGGUCCAGCAGCCUGGCAGGAUUUCACUCACUGAACAAUGUCCCACCAAGCCCAGUGGUGUUCUUGCAAACAGCGCCUCAGCUUUCACCCUUCAUCCAUCAUCAUAGCCAACAGGUACCCUAUUACCUUGAGAAUGAACAGGGCAGCUUUGGGAUGAGGGAAGCUGCUCCUCCGGCCUUCUACAGGCCAAGCUCUGAUAACAGGCGCCACAGCAUCCGGGAGAGGAUGUCCAGUACCAACGAUAAAGGGAGCCUGUCCAUGGAGUCCACCAAGGAGACCCGGUACUGUGCUGUCUGCAACGACUACGCUUCAGGCUACCAUUAUGGGGUCUGGUCUUGUGAGGGCUGCAAAGCUUUUUUCAAAAGGAGUAUUCAAGGGCACAACGACUACAUGUGUCCUGCUACUAACCAGUGCACCAUCGACAAGAACAGAAGAAAGAGUUGCCAGGCUUGCCGACUAAGAAAAUGCUAUGAAGUGGGAAUGAUGAAAGGUGGAAUCCGGAAAGACCGCAGAGGUGGGCGAAUGAUGAAACAAAAACGUCAAAGAGAGGAGCAGGAUUCCAGGAACGGUGAGGCUUCUUCUACAGAUCUGCGAGCUCCCACCCUUUGGACAAGUCCACUGGUCGUCAAACAUAACAAGAAGAACAGUCCAGCCCUGUCACUGACAGCAGAACAGAUGGUCAGUGCCUUGCUGGAAGCUGAGCCACCCAUAGUUUAUUCUGAAUAUGACCCAAAUAGACCAUUCAACGAAGCCUCUAUGAUGACCCUGUUGACCAACCUUGCAGACAGAGAAUUAGUGCACAUGAUCAACUGGGCAAAGAGAGUUCCAGGAUUUGUGGAUUUAACACUCCAUGAUCAGGUCCAUCUACUGGAAUGUGCCUGGUUAGAGAUACUGAUGAUUGGCUUAGUCUGGCGCUCCAUGGAACACCCAGGAAAGCUUUUAUUUGCACCUAACCUAUUAUUGGACAGGAAUCAAGGGAAAUGUGUAGAGGGCAUGGUGGAAAUCUUUGACAUGCUGCUGGCUACUGCUGCUCGGUUUCGCAUGAUGAACCUUCAAGGGGAGGAAUUUGUGUGCCUUAAGUCCAUCAUCCUGCUCAAUUCUGGUGUGUACACUUUUCUUUCCAGCACCUUGAAAUCUCUGGAAGAGAGAGACUAUAUCCACCGUGUUCUGGACAAAAUCACAGACACUCUGAUACACUUAAUGGCUAAGUCGGGUCUUUCUCUGCAGCAGCAGCACAGGCGACUGGCUCAGCUCCUCCUCAUCCUCUCUCACAUCAGACAUAUGAGCAACAAAGGAAUGGAGCACCUGUACAAUAUGAAGUGUAAAAAUGUAGUUCCACUCUAUGAUCUCUUGCUGGAGAUGCUGGACGCUCACCGACUGCACGCCCCAGCAGCCAGGAGCGCUGCACCAGUGGAAGAGGAGAACCGGAGCCAGAUGACAACUGCAUCAGCCUCAUCUCAUUCCUUGCAGUCUUUUUAUAUAAACGGCAAAGAAGAGGAGAAUGUGCAGAAUACAAUAUAAACAGAAGUCAGCAUAUAUAAUGGUAUGAGAAACCCAGCAGCGUACUACCUAAGUCAUGCUUCAUUUCGUCUGUAGUGCCACCUAGGUAAACACUCCAAUGACAACAGUCACC